AGCAGGAGACCCGUGGGUAGGCAGGGCUUUGCCUCCUCUCCCCUUCCCCCACCCUUUCCAUAAAGGAUCAUUCACCACUUAAGGCGCCAAAAGAUCUAUCAGACAAGAGCAAUUGCGUCCGGAACCUUUACGAAUCAGGUGCUCGUUUGCCGGAGGGACCGGAAAGGGCAGGGUACUCGAGCGCCUGGCAAUGUGGGGAGGCCGUGGGCUGAGAGCCGCGAGGGGUCGCGCCCUAGGCCUAGCUGGGGUCCGGCGCGUGGGCAGAAAGGCCGAACCUCCUCGGGCAACGGGACUGGAGGGAAAGCAAACUAAUAGGACUCUACCUUGGCUAUUCAGCAACAAUGGAAUCAUGUAUUUAAAAUCUAACAAUAUAACCGUUGCCUACUCAAAUAAAAUGAGAAAUCUCAGGCAUGUUGGAACAAGAUUCCGUAGCACUUCAACAACAGUGGAUCCAAAGGAGAUGAAAAUAUUUCAGGCUCUGGCCUUCAAAUGGUGGGAUGAGCAAGGAGUAUAUGCACCUCUUCAUUCUAUGAAUGACUUAAGGGUGCCAUUUAUUAGAGAUAACCUUUUGAAAAUGGUUGCUGGUCACCAGUUGGAAAGCCCUUUGUCUGGAAUGAAGAUUCUAGAUGUUGGCUGUGGAGGUGGAUUGUUAAGUGAACCUCUAGGGCGACUGGGAGCUUUAGUUACUGGAAUUGAUCCUUUGAAUGAGAAUAUUAAAAUAGCACAGCAGCAUAAAUCAUUUGAUCCAAUUCUGGACAAGAGAAUCCAGUACAAAGCAUGCAUCCUGGAGGACAUUGUAGAAGAGACUGCAGAGAGUUUCGAUGCUGUUGUAGCUUCAGAAGUUGUGGAGCAUGUAAAUGAUUUGGAAACCUUUAUUCAGUGCUGCUGCAAAGUAUUAAAACCUGGAGGCUCUUUGUUCAUCACUACAAUCAACAAAACACAACUUUCUUAUGCCUUAGCUAUUAUUUUUGCAGAACAAAUUUCAGGCAUUGUACCUAAAGGAACUCAUACCUGGGAGAAGUUUGUUUCACCAGAAGAAUUAGAGAGCUUUUUAGAAUCAAAUGGUCUUUUGGUCCAGACAAUAAUAGGGAUGCUGUACAAUCCUUUCUCAGGCUACUGGAGAUGGACUGAAAAUACCAGCAUUAACUAUGCUGCUCAUGCUGUAAAAUCCAAUGCACAAGUGGAAACUGAAGAGCACCAUGCUAAAGCUCCUGGUGUACAUAGCCAGGGAGCAUCUCAGAGAUAAUCGUUUAUGUCCCUUUUAGUAAUGUUACUUGCUAGUCUAAUGUUUUUAAAUAUUAAAGUUUUAAAAAAUUAACUUUCUAGAAGGAAUCAUGUAGGAAAGGAAUAAAACACAGGAGAAAAGUUUUAUUCAGAAUUAUAGUUAUCUUCAAACAUGCCUGUUUUAAUAUUAAAAUCUUAGUUUUGCUAAGGUGAUAUACAAGCUAGAGGAUUUUCUUCAGGUUGCAUGUCUUCUACCCCAUUAUUUUAAAAAAUAUAAUCUUUAUUUACUUUAAAUAUUUCAUUUUAUAGAAAUCUUCGCUAUAAAAACUUUGCCUUUAAUUUAAAAAUAUAUAUAUUAUUUCUCUUCAUUUUAGUUUUAAGCAGCUGAGCAACUGAGAGCACAAAUUGGCAGAUUUUUCCAGAGUACAUCCUUAUGUCAGAUGAAAUUGGGAAGUUAGAUGAAUGUUGUCUCAAUUCAUUGCAACUACUUCUUGAAACUUAGGAAUUUCUAAAAAAUUAGUUAAAUUUUUUUCAAAGAACAAAAAAAUCUAUUUGCUCUCUCUCUUGCCUAUUGGGGGAAAAAAAAGAAAAACAAAAGUCUUUGUAACAAAUGUACAUAGUAAAGCAACACAAAUUCUAUCACUGGUCAUGUACAAAAACAUAUGUCUAAAUUUGCACUCAGUCCAUGAGUUCUCUGUCAAGAAAUUGGUAGCAUUGACCAAAGUUCUCCUCAAGUCUUUCAAAUUUGCUUGUUUUUUUACAGGGUAGUAUUAUUAAAUUGUUCUCCUGGUUCUGCU